GGAUUUUUGAGAAGGAAUGGAAUGGAUAUGUGGGCGGAGAAAGGACACAUGGCUUUGCUAAAACUGACCAGAGAAACCUUCCGAUUUGAACGUAUACACAACUUGUCAAUCCCCUUCCCACUCUUCCCUUCACGCGUUCCGCUAUUUUCAGUCCUCACAAUGCCGGUAUUCACUGCAACACUAGGCUCAGUCUCUUUCCUCUCUCAGCUCUUCAACCCUGAUGUCUCCUCAUUUUCUUGUUUCCUAAACCAAUCAAAGCUGUCCAACUUAUGUUGCAAGCCUUCUCUUAUCAAGAGGCCGCCUUCGUUUUACACUCUCAAAGUCUCUGCUCUCUCUGCUUCUACCAAUGCCAAAACUGAUAAUUCUGAACAAGCUGAAGCCGCUGCCACCGCACUUCUUGACGACUCUGUUUCCUCUGAUGCUAUUAGACAAGAACGGAGGUCCGCUGAUUGGAAGGCAGCCAGGGCGUACUCUCACAGUGGGUUCAUCUAUGAGGGUAGAGUUGAAGGAUUUAAUGGUGGAGGUUUGCUGGUUCGCUUUUAUUCUCUUGUGGGUUUUCUUCCUUUUCCACAGUUGAGUCCAUCACAUUCUUGUAAAGAACCACGCAAAACUAUCCAUCAGAUUGCCAAAAGUUUGGUUGGUGCACUUCUUUCAGUGAAGGUAAUCCAAGCUGAUGAAGAGACCAGGAAAUUGAUAUUCUCAGAAAAGGAAGCUGUCUGGUCAAAGUUUUCUACAAGAAUUAAUGUAGGGGAUAUUUUUGCAGGAAGGGUGGGUUCUGUUGAGGAUUAUGGCGCCUUUGUUCACUUACGCUUCCCUGAUGGGCUUUAUUAUCUCACUGGACUAGUACAUGUCUCAGAGGUUUCCUGGGAUUUAGUUCAAGAUGUCAGAGACAUCUUGACUGAGGGAGAUGAUGUUAGAGUGAAGGUUGUUAAUAUCGAUAGGGCCAAGUCAAGGAUUACUCUAUCAAUCAAACAGUUGGAGGAAGACCCACUUUUGGAAACAUUAGACAAAGUGAUUCCCCAGGAUGGUUCAGCUGGUUCGGAUUCCUUGACCACAAGCAAUGGUAGUACAAUUGAACCACUUCCAGGGCUCGACGCAAUAUUCAAAGAGCUUCUGCAGGAAAAUGGUAUAGAUGAUGUACGAAUUAGUCGGCAAGGGUUUGAGAAACGGUAGUCUCACAAGAUUUGCAGCUUUGGCUUUCAAAUGCACCACCUAGUGACAAUAUGUUCACCCUCCUAGCUCGCGCUGGAAGGCAGGUAAUGCAUCAUAUGAUCUC